CUCAUCUAAUUAGAUUCAACUUUCUUCAUUUCAACAACUUUCUUCAAUUCCAUCAUUGAUAUUGAUUUUCUUCAAUAAACUUCACUCUAUUAUAUACCUCUAGUACCAACGGUAAUUAGAAUCGGCAUUGAAAGGAUGAAUGUUAGAUAAUGCAUAUAUAUCAUCCUAUCAGCCUGGAUGUGGAUACUGAGUGCCAGAUAUGUACCUCCUUAUAGGCUCAUCAGGAAGAACCAUUGCAGUCAGCCAGCUGGUGCUUCUCUUCAAUGUUUCUAGGUUACUUACUUUUUGUUUUUCCAUCUCUUCAUCGUCGGUGUUGAUCUAGACUCAUAUAUACAUAACCAAGCUGGCCUAGUACUAUGUACAUAGGUAGGUAAGGAUGCGACUUUUAAAUACUUCCUCCUUACUUCUUCACACCUUUACCAGUGCUGAGAAACCCAAGUAUGCUAUCCUUUCUCAUACUUGGGACGAAGACGAAUUCUUGUUCGAAGACAUACAUAAUUACCAGAAAUCUAAGGAGUUGCGCAAGAAAGGACUUGAGAAGGUUAAGCGUAGCUGUCACCAGGCCGCUAUAGAUGGAUAUGAGUACAUUUGGAUCGAUACCUGUUGUAUAGACAAGAGCAGCAGCGCAGAGCUUUCUGAAUCUAUCAACUCCAUGUUCAAGUGGUAUGAACUUGCUGGCGUCUGCUACGCAUUCCUACAAGAUGUUCAAGAACUGUCCGACCUACGUUCAAGUAAAUGGUUUACCAGAGGUUGGACGUUACAAGAACUCAUUGCUCCAGAUGACGUCCGCUUCUACAACAAAAAUUGGGAAUUUCUUGGUGAUCGCUUUGGACUUGCUGCUGAAAUUUCGAGUCAGACUGGGAUCGAUUUAGAUGUCCUCACACGCGGCCACCUUCUCAACGGAGGGCCCUGGGAAACGCACAUGCUCAAGAAGAACGAAUUCUGCACGACGUGUGGUUGCCAAGUUGAAUCUCUCCAUACCAUACUUCGACGCUUUUGCGUCGCUCAAAAGAUGGUCUGGGCUUCCGAAAGGGUUACUACCCGAGAAGAAGACGUGGCGUACUGUCUCCUAGGACUAUUUGGAAUUAACAUGACAUUGAUAUACGGGGAAGGCUUGGAGGCCUUUCGUCGACUUCAAGAGGAAAUUAUAAAGCGCUCAUAUGACCAAUCCAUUCUAGCAUGGUGUGAUCACAUCAGCCUCCGUAACGAGCAUAGUACAUUCCUAGCUCAUCACCCCCAAGAUUUUCAGCUGGUUUAUGCGCAGUUCAAACCACCGUUAUACAAUAUACAACGAACUCGCACAUCUGUACUGAAAGCAGUCAAUUCAGAAGCAGAAAGGAUCGAAAUAACAGCGAGCAGAUUGGCCUUGACAAUAGUCCUCUGUCCUCUUCCUUCCCAUACCGAUGCCAACAGACUUUGGGCGGCAGCAAACUUGCAUGCUGCAAUUCUAGACUGCGUCGUUGGUACCGACCUAAAGUCUAGACCUGCGAUAAUAUUGGAAAAAUUAUCUUACAACGGAACAUUGUUUCGUCGACGCGGAGUAGGACUUGUCUACAAGAUUGAACCUCCCGGUCGCUUGAUUUGCAUCGCUAAUGGAGGGUUUGGGAGUGUUCCACUUGAUGGAGUUUCCAUAGACUUAAAACAAGCCCAGAAGAUGAAUAUAAACAUUGUGGAAGAUCUACUCGACCCGGGCCCCCUUGACAUAAAUAUGUUCUUACAUGCACGCUCACGAAUUAUACAAUUCUGUCAGCCCGAGACCGAAAGCUCACAAUACAGCAUUGUGGACUCGAUUCCGCAAUGGAUUGACCGCGAGGCGUAUACGCUACCGCCGGCUUCGAGAUAUAUCGUUGCUUUUGAAAGCGAAUCCUCGGCCUUCUUCGCAAUCUGGGGCCAGAAGUCUGACCAAAUUGGCGUACACCACGCGUUGGUAUCUCUAUCAGAAGUGGUUUCCCUGCUCCAGGGACCUUCUUACUACCAUGAUAUUCACAAUUGCACAGCCGUGGAUGUGAUGAACUAUCUCAGAAGCAUGGAUCCCCAGCUACGAGCCGAAUAUAUCUACAAGUUCAUGAGUACACGUCCUACGGCAAUCAUUCGACUAAGCUCGGGCCGACCUAUACUUGAUGCAACUUUCCAGGCCAGAUGCGUGACUUUCCUGGACUCGACAGUUAUUGAGAUCGAAGUAAAAAUUACCUAAGUCGAAAGCUCAAGGGGGCGAGUAUAGCUAGUACAGUGCAUAACUUGUCUAUUUAAAUACUAGAA